AUGGAAAUCGCGAAACAGGACCAAAAUGUGAAAAAUAACAAAAACAGAGAAAAUGAUGGAAGUAGUGAGCAAGUCGAAAAUGCUGGAAAUUACGAAGUUGGUGAAAAUAAUGAAAUUGUUGAGGAGGAAGCAGCAGAACAAAAACAACAUGGAGCAUUGCAUGCCUUUUUCAGUACAUCUAGUUCUUCAGCUUCUAAUUCAACGGAUGAUGUUGACAAAACUAGCAGAACAAAUCUUCCUAAAAACGCGACACCAUUGCCAAUAUCAACAUCUACUCCUGAAAGAACCUCUUUACCAAUUGUCACAAUUUCAUCUGCUGCUACCAACGCUGUUAUUAAUUCCAAUGUAGACGAUAGUGUUAAUUACGUGCCAUUGCUCAAAAAGUCGCGUAAUGAAUCUGGAGUGCUUGGGUCAGUGAGCCCUACAAACUCUCAGACUCUUGAAGAGGAAUCUGCAAAGUCCAAACUACCAUCCAUUUCGUCAGAUCCCGCAACUUGGAAUAUUACAGACAAAAUAAGACCAAUUCUAAUCGAACAAAGAUCCACCCAAAUACAUCGUGCGCACUGGCCUGUGACAGGUACAUCAGACUGGACCCAUCUGACACGAAAUAUUUCUGCACAUGAAAAAUUCCAUGAACAUUACAAAGCCUUCCAACAAUGGAAAGAAUUUGAUUCGCGAUUGAAAAUAGGCAGAACAAUAGAUGCUGAACAUCAACGCGUCAUGGAAAAUGAAAUCAAACAUUGGCGUGAGGUCUUAAAACGCAUAAUUGCUGUUCUACAAUUUCUCGGCAGUCAAUCCCUUGCUUUGCGUGGAACAACUAGUACACUGUAUGAUCGUCAUAACGGAAAUUUUUUAAAGUUGAUUGAACUGCUCGGUAACUUUGACACAACCACGGCAGAACACUUGCGUCGCGUAAUUGCUCAUGAAACACAUUAUCAUUACUUCAGCAACACAAUACAGAACGAAUUAAUUUUAUUGAUUUCAAAUAAAAUACGAGAACAUCUGAUACAAUUGAUUCUUAGUGCAAAGUAUUAUUCAAUAAUCCUCGAUUGUACUCCAGAUAAAAGUCGUCAAGAACAAAUGUCAAUUGUCAUAAGAUUCAUCGCGUGUAACGACGAAACGAAUCUGUUUGAAAUUCGACUAACGGAAGCAAUUUUGACUGAACUCAAAAAUCUCGGUCUUCUUAUCGGAGACAUGCGAGGACAAGGAUACGAUAAUGGCGCGAACAUGAAGGGAAAACGAUCCGGUGUUCAAAGUAGAAUUCUAAAAAUUAAUCCGCGUGCGACUUUUGUCCCCUGUUCUUGCCACUCCUUGAAUCUUGUCGUCAAUGAUGCUGCAUCCGCUUCCGGAGAGACUGUUGGUUUUUUCGAUAUAGUUCAGCAGCUUUAUGUUUUUUUCUCUGGUUCUACAAGUAGGUGGGACGUACUGAAGAGACAUAUUUCAGCAUUAACUGUAAAGGCAGUUAGCGCUACCCGAUGGGAAAGUCGCAUCGAUGCCAUCAAACCUUUGCGCUACCAGCUAGGCGAAGUUUACGAUGCCCUAGUCGACAUUUCAUUAGAUGAAAAUAGAGAUAAAUUGACACAGCACGAAGCCAAAUGUUUGGCCACCCGAAUCGUCGAUUUCCAAUUCAUAUGCAGCAUAAUUAUUUGGUAUGACAUUUUGUCAAAAGUUAAUGUCAUCUCAAAAAUGCUGCAAAGUCCAAAACUACAUCUGAUUGAUUGUAAUCUUCUUCUUUCUGAGAUUUUGGAUUUCUUCCAGCAAUCCGACGGAAAUUUCUUAAAUGUCAUCGAGCAAGCCAGAAGUGUGGCUAUUAAAGUAGAUGUGGAGCCAUGUUUCCGACCCGCAACUGUAGUUCGUAUGCGGCGAAAGAAAAAAAAUUUUGAUUAUGAGGCAUAUGAUGAGCCACUAAUCGAGCCACAACAGAAAUUCAAGACAGAGUUUUUCAAUUUCCUCAUUGACACGGCAACAUGUUCAAUUCGAGAGCGCUUCCAAUUGUUAAGAUCCCACAACGAAAAUUUCAAAUUUCUGUAUAACAUUCGAGAAUUGAAGAACAGCAACGGCUCAGGAACGUUGCAGCAAUGUAAGAAUCUGCAGCUCUUCCUUACUGAUGGUAACAGUACGGAUAUCGAUGCUCUAGAGCUUUGGGAUGAGCUAAAGAAUUUGUCAACACUUUUGCCCUCGGAACUUACCCCUUUACAAGUCCUCAACUAUCUGAAGGAAAAUGAUGUGACGACGAUUUUUCCAAAUCUGGUUAUUGCUUUGAGAAUUCUGUUGACUCUACCAGUUUCUGUAGCUUCCGGAGAACGCAGCUUCAGUAAACUGAAGAUGAUCAAAAAUUAUUUGCGAUCAACCAUGUCCCAAGAACGCUUAGUGGGAUUUUGCUUUCCGGAAUGGAAACCGAUUGUUGGAGUUGCUUUUGGAGGCGACGAAGCUGGACCCUGCGUCCUGCUCUUUUCCUCUUCAGAGAUUACUAAUAUACUCGUCUUAUAG